GGUGGGGAGGGGCUACCGAAACGCAGAGUGGAACGAUCAGUCGUGGUGUACGUGCGGUUGGUGAGAGCCAGCGAGAGAGAGGAUCCGUGCAUCGUCGAUGCCAUCGUCGGUGUGAUACGUGACCCGUUGCGCGUCGUUCAUUGUCAGGCAGCGUUCCAGCAGCACACACGGCAAGAAAGAUGAUCGGCACGGGAACUCGCGGUUACAUGGUUACGCGGUCACCCCGGGUCGUCCAGUAACGUCGCCCGGUGGUGGUGGUGGUGGUGUGGCGGUGGUGGUGCCUGGCGCCCCGAAGUCCUUGUUCGAGUUUAAAGUGCGUGGCGUACGUGCUGACCAGCCGAGCCAGCAGCAGCAGCAGCAGGAGCUAACCAACCAGCGAAGCCAGCGUCGGAGGUAGGGACGGAGGACGCGUGCCUGCCGUCCUUGUCAUGGGAUCGAGGCACAACGAGAGCCGUAACAGUUGUAAUCACCGUUGCGCCCAAGACAUGGCCUGCGACCGUACCGAGAGCGACUUCGAGUUCGCGGUGCCGCCAGAGGCGCCGGUAUUCGAGCCCACCAACGACGAGUUCCACGACCCGCUCGCGUACAUCGCGAAGAUACGGCCGAUCGCCGAGAAGUCCGGCAUCUGCAAGAUCAAACCGCCGCCCAAUUGGCAGCCGCCCUUCGCCGUGGACGUGGACAAGUUCAAAUUUGUUCCGAGAAUACAGAGGUUAAAUGAACUGGAGGCCAAGACAAGGAUAAAGCUUAACUUCUUAGAUCAAAUCGCGAAGUUCUGGGAGCUCCAAGGUUCCUCCCUGAAAAUCCCGCUUGUAGAACGUAAGGCACUGGACUUGUAUUCGUUACACAAAAUAGUCACGGAUGAAGGCGGUAUAGAAACGGUGACAAAGGAGAGGAGGUGGGCUAAAAUUGCCAACAAGUUGGGUUACCCGUCUGGACGAAGCGUAGGCAGUAUACUGAAGAAUCACUACGAGAGAAUUUUAUAUCCCUUUGACGUCUUCAAGCAAGGAAAAACGUUGUCAGACCUUAAAAUCGAGCCAGACUCGGACGUGAACGAGAAGAGGGACCGCGACUACAAACCUCACGGCAUAAUAUCUCGACAGCAAAUUAAACCGCCGAAUGAGAAGUUCUCGCGGCGGUCGAAACGAUAUUCCGGGCAAGAAGAGAAACAAGAUGUAUCGAUUAAACAGGAGGAUUGCAAGGAGGAGUGCGACUCGGAUAACGAGUGCAAGGAGAAGGUUAAGAGCAGGUACUUCAUCUCCGACACGGACAAGAGCAAGGAGCUCAAGAAGUUACAAUUUUACGGACCAGGCCCGAAAAUGGCCGGUUUUAAUACCAAAGAGGGAAAAAAAUCUAACAAGACUCGGGGCUUGAAGCUCGUUUAUGAUUUCGAUCCUCUGGCGAAAUACAUUUGUCACAACUGUGGAAGGGGUGACAAUGAAGAGAGCAUGUUGCUGUGCGAUGGCUGCGACGAUAGCUAUCACACCUUUUGCCUCAUGCCGCCGCUGACCGAGAUACCGAAGGGUGACUGGCGGUGUCCUAAAUGCGUCGCCGAGGAGGUCUCGAAGCCGAUGGAGGCGUUCGGCUUCGAACAGGCGCAGAGGGAGUACACGCUACAGCAGUUCGGCGAGAUGGCCGAUCAAUUUAAGAGCGACUACUUCAACAUGCCCGUGCACAUGGUCCCAACGUCGCUGGUGGAGAAAGAAUUCUGGCGAAUAGUCUCGUCCAUCGACGAGGACGUGACGGUGGAAUACGGCGCCGACCUGCACACCAUGGAUCACGGAUCCGGAUUCCCGACGAAGACCAGCGUGAACUUGUUCACGUGCGACCAGGAAUACGCCGAAUCCUCGUGGAAUUUGAAUAAUCUGCCGGUUUUGCGCGGCAGUGUGCUCGGCCACAUCAACGCCGACAUUAGCGGCAUGAAAGUGCCGUGGAUGUACGUCGGUAUGUGCUUCGCCACGUUCUGCUGGCACAACGAGGAUCACUGGAGCUACUCGAUCAAUUACCUGCAUUGGGGGGAACCGAAAACCUGGUACGGCGUACCCGGCUCGCAGGCGGAACGCUUCGAGCAUUCGAUGAAGUCCGCAGCGCCGGAACUCUUUCACAGUCAGCCCGAUUUGUUGCAUCAGCUUGUCACCAUUAUGAAUCCGAAUAUAUUGACGAGUGAGGGUGUACCGGUAUUCAGAACGGAUCAACACGCAGGUGAGUUCGUCGUGACGUUCCCGAGAGCGUAUCACGCCGGCUUUAACCAGGGAUACAAUUUCGCAGAGGCCGUCAAUUUCGCACCCGCAGAUUGGCUGAGGAUCGGACGGGAUUGCAUCACGCAUUACUCGAACCUGAGGAGGUUCUGCGUGUUUUCCCACGACGAGUUGGUUUGCAAGAUGUCCCUGGACCCGGACUCGCUGGAUAUCGGAGUCGCGACCGCGACGUAUCACGAUAUGCUGCAAAUGGUGGAGGCUGAGAAAAAACUGCGAAAAAACUUGCUGGAAUGGGGUGUGACGGAGGCGGAACGUGAGGCGUUCGAGCUUCUACCGGACGAUGAGAGGCAGUGCGAGGCGUGCAAGACUACCUGCUUCCUCAGCGCGGUUACGUGCUCGUGCCACAGCUCGCAGUUAGUCUGUUUGAGACACUUCACCGACCUGUGCGACUGCCUGCCAGAGAAGCACACGCUGCGUUAUCGUUACACGUUGGACGAGCUGCCAAUCAUGCUGCAGAAAUUAAAACUCAAGGCCGAGUCCUUUGACUCGUGGGUGGCCAAGGUGAAGGAGGCGAUGGACCCAAAAAGCGACAAGAUCGAGCUGAGCGAGCUGCGGGAACUCCUGAACGAAGCCGUCAACAAGAAAUUCCCCGACUGUGAAUUGCUGACAGCACUAACCACUGCAGUGCAGGAUGCUGAGAAGUGUGCGAGUGUCGCGCAACAGCUAUUGAACAAUAAGCAGCGUACGAGAACCAGACAAUCGGUCGAUACCAAGUAUAAACUUACCGUGGAGGAGUUGACCCUCUUCUACAAGGAAAUAACCACUUUGUGCUGUGAACUAAAGGAAUCGGAUGGCGUGAAGUUCAUACUGGAUCAAGUGUUACAGUUCCAGAAGGAUGCAGAGGACUUGGAGUCCAAAGAGGAGGACUGCGACGUCGAGAAGUUGGAGAAGUGCAUCGACUUCGGAGACUCCAUCUGCAUCGAGCUGCCUCAACUCGUACGACUGAAACAGAGAUUGGCACAGAUACAAUGGUUGGAGGAAGUAAAGUCUCUCCAGGACGAUCCAAAAUCGGUUAGCCGUGAUGAGGUGGCGAAGCUGAUCGAGAAAGGUAUGACGACACCGCCCCACUUCAGCAUUGAGAACACGUUGUCGGAGCUUCACGCGUUGACGAAGGCAAUCGACAAGUGGGAGGAGAAGGCGAAGGUGUUCCUUAACACGAAAAAUAGGCGGACUAUCGCGGCCGUGGAGGAAUUCAUUCGCGAGGCGGACGAGGUCGAGGCGUACCUGCCGAGCUUGGACACGCUCCAAGACAUAUUGAACAAGGCGAAGAAUUGGACGAAACUGGUGGACGAGAUACAGGCGAGGGACAAUUUCCCGUAUUACGACACUCUGGACGACCUGAUCAGGAAGGGAAGGAACAUCCCGCUGCAUCUCGACGCUCUCCCGAUACUAGAGUCUACCCUCUCGCAGGCGAAAGCUUGGAAAGAGAGGACCGCAAGGACAUUCCUGAGAAAGAACUCGCACUAUACGCUAAUGGAGGCACUCUCGCCGCGGAUCGGCGUUGGCGUGCAGGCGAUGAAGACCAAGAAGAAUAAAGGCGACGAGUCUAUGGGGGCCGUGUAUGUCUGUGAUACGAAACUGGACGAUUCGAGCGAUUCCGCGAACGUGGUGGCCGCCUUCAAGCUGGCGGAACAGCGCGAGAUGGAGGCGAUGAGGAGUCUGAGGGAACGUAAUCUAAUGAAGAUGAAAGCGGACGUCGAAGACUCCAAGUACUGCGUCUGCCGGCGGCCAAAAUUCGGCGUCAUGUUUCAGUGCGAGCUCUGCAAAGAUUGGUUUCACUCAAACUGCGUGCCUUUACCCAAGACAUCGUACAAGGGUAAACCACCAGGCUCGAGGGACAUGAAGUUCCUGUGCCCGUGUUGCUUGCGAUCUCGACGUCCUCGACUAGAAACGAUACUAGCCCUCCUAGUGAGCCUCCAAAAAAUUUCGAUCCGUUUGCCGGAAGGUGAAGCCCUGCAGUGCCUCACGGAACGUGCGAUGAAUUGGCAGGAUCGAGCGAGGCAAGCACUGGCCACUGAAGAGAUCUCUUCGAUACUUACGAAACUUUCUGUGAUGUCUCAAAAGUUGGUGGAGGCGGCGGCGAGGGAGAAGACGGAAAAAAUCAUCAGCAGUGAGUUGAAGAAGGCAGCGAACAAUCCGGAAUUACAUCAAAGAGUGCAGGCUAUCGCGCCUCUCAGCGGAGUACAUUCGGACGAUAGUACUCCUAGUACUGCAGAUGACGAUGACGAUGUCAUACCCAUGGACGAUGAACCGACGUGCAGUACAUUCAACAGCAACGAGCACGCGUAUUCUUACAUUUCAAAGAUUCGGCGGAAAGCGCAGUUGACUGACAACGGCAACGACUCGCUUGGCCUGUUAUCAGCGAGCGCGAGAUCGCGCUUGGAGGAACUGAUGAUGGAAGGCGACCUGCUGGAGGUCGCACUGGACGAGACGCAGCACAUCUGGCGUAUCCUGAGUCACAUGAAUAGUCACAACACCAUGCGCAAGUACAAGUCGCUCGAGGAAGUUCAGGCAAACAUCAGUCAGGAGAUGAAGGAUGUGAAGAAACGAGGAAGGAAAAGGAAAUCGGACGAGUCCGAGACGCUGAAGAAGAUCGUACGGCCGAAAGUCGACGAGAAGAACGUGGUUAAACGCAAGGUUGGCGUUCCCGCCAUCAAGGAGAAGAGACAGAGCAGCUCGCCAGUCCCCGUGAAGCGUGGGCCUCGAAAGAUGAAGCGUAAGGAGGGCGAGGAGGGACCCAAGAAGCGAGGUGGCAAUCGUAUGAAGAAGACGAAGCAAGAAAGCUCCGACGAGGAAGACGAUUGUGCGGCGGUUAACUGCCUGCGGCCUAGUGGUAAGGAAGUUGAUUGGGUUCAGUGUGACGGUGGCUGCGAGGGUUGGUUCCAUAUGCAUUGUGUCGGAUUGGAUCGUACAGAAAUCGCGGAGGAAGACGAUUAUAUUUGUAGCAACUGUAAAGAGGCCAAUGAUCAGAACGCAUCGAUUCUCUGAAUCAUCAGGCCUGGAUGCACUUCUUUCCCUUUCUCAGCCCCAGGAGUACCACGACAGUGCUACCGACACAGAAGAAAGCGUCUAGGAGAGCGACGUACCUCGUCCCUAGGACCCGCUUAGCCCACUUUGUGUCGUCCGUUAGGCUCCGCACGGGACUCCGGGGCUUUUGCGAUAAUCAUGACUCUACGAACACGCGAUCACGAGAAGUUAAACUUUACGACUAUGUCUCUCUCUCAUUGUUGUCUACAAAACACUGUCUACGAUUGUCAUCGUGAAACAGUCCAACUGCAGUUUCUGGGCGGACGAACUUAAGAGGUGCAAAGUAUUAUAGCGUAGACGAGUUACGACGCACGGCACUGGUGACGUGAAUCAGCGUUUCCUAUACCAACUAUGGUUCUUUCUUUCGUCUGUGAGGAUUCGCGAGAAAUUACAUUACUCGUAGAUGUUAAUUAGCACCGCUAGUCAAUCGAUCUGCAUUUAUAUCGAAAUUUUCGUUUACGUAGCUGCACGAUGCUUGGUAGCGUUCGAGUAUCAUUUCUGUGCUUCCACGAAUGCGUUUACGCGCGCAUCUUCGAAAUUCGAUUAGGCACGAAAAACGUUUUUUUUUUUAUUUGAAUCUGCACGAAUCUGCGAAAGCAUUCUUUUAUUUCAUCUACUUUGGAAUGUUCUUCCUUUUUCUUUUUACCAGAAAUCAUAAAGUAAUCAAGCAAGAUUUUUCAUUUCUACAUCUCACCGAACGGCGGACGAAUCGCGGAUGAACCGUGAUACCCACACGCCCAUGUUCAUGAUUUCGCGAUUGUCUGGAUAGGAGGAUGCUACGUUUCCGUUUUGCAGUUUCUCGUGCAUGUCCGCGCCUCUUUAUCGUAGAAGAUCGACCGACUUGUGCGAGUAUAACGAUCAACACGAAUUAUUCGCAGCUACGUUAACAGCACGAUUUGUGCGUAACUGUAUGUCUAUCUUGACCGUUGACAUUGAAUCGAGCGAGCCAAGGUAACCCGGACGACGAUACGGAUGAACGCCGCGAGGACGUUCUCAGCGUAGCGACGGCCGAAACACAGAGCUGUUUCGAAAUACCGUCACGUCACGGCGGGGAAAAGGCGCUGUCGAGUUUCCUUUUCUUUUUCUUUUUGUAUCGGCUUUUAAGUGUCUCUUGAGGCGCACAAGGCGACGAGCGAGUGCAUCACCUUUGCGCCGAGCGGUAUGUACAGACUAGACUGAGACAUGCGUGUAUGUAUUAUGAUGAUUAUAGAUUAUACAUAUGUUAGAAUUAUAUUAGAUAUAUAUAUAUCAGAAAAUACAUAGAGACUAAGCGAGCUCUAUAGUUUGUAUAAAAUAAAAGGAAACGAUUAACGUACGAACAGACACAAAAAAAAUAGCAUAUCUAUACUCUGCCUUCCCGAAAAUGUAGACGAUGUACCAGUAUUCUUGCUGUCGAUUUUGCACCAGAGGCUAUACAAUUGUACUGCGUCUUGCGUUUGUGUUACAUCUUUACAUGUUCGUCGAUAUCACUUUUUCUUCCAUUUCUUUCUCGUCACUUUCGUUCACUCUGGAAAAGAAAAUUGUAGUUUCCGAUUUCCUAAUAGCGUAAUCAUCCAUUUAUUAAUUUACAGUAGCUUUUAUUUUAUUACGAGCCGCGGCAAAGAAUGGUAAAUAUCUUUUUGUGUAAAUAUCGUCCACAGAACACCUAUGCGUAUUAUAAGUAACGGACACGUCAUAAGUAGCAAUUAGUUUCCCCCCAUUUUGUUUUUCCUAUCUCAUAUCGUUCAUUAAAUAAAAAAAUUAAGUGAAAGAUACGAAUCUGGGUUUUAUUCGUUCCUUGAGCACUUCCAGUGCUAUCUGGAGGGUCAGAAUUAAGAUAUCGGAUCACUAUUAAGCACGACAAGUUUGUGGAUUGAUAUCUUACGAUAUAAACUAUCAUUAUGAUAAGAUUAUUAGUUUGUUAAUCGAGAAGUAUACAAUUAGAAGAUAUGGACAAGACAUUUACGUUGUUAAGAAUUAUAAUUUUUUUAUGUUCUAUAGAGAAACUUCACGUUAUUAAUUGAUAAAGAAAGACAAUCGUUGAUCUGGAAAUUUAUCAUUGUAUCGCUAAAUAUUUACAGUAUAUAAUUUAAAAAUUGCAACAAUCGAUGUUUACGUAAAAGUGUCGCGUGCAGUUAUAUUCAUCCGAUUGUGAAUGUGUGGAAAGCAGAGUGCUUUGUAUACAAAAGCAGAACGAAACUUUUAUCUAAGCUAAGUCGCGAGCGGCGUCUAAGGAGAUGAAUUUUGUACAGCUAAACAAACCCGAGAAAAUCUCAACUUUCCUGCGUAGAUUUAUAUCAGGAAAAGUAAAUCGGCGAGUGCACAGUUUGUUUUAAAUGUUUGUACAGCAUUGUCGAGCAUUUCUGGACGAGUCUUGACGCUCAAUGAACGGGCUUAACGAAAGCGGAGGAUUACACUUUGCUGUUAAUUGUAACACAAACAAAGCAUGGAAGAAAACACGAUUAACAGGAUUUACUGCAGCGCGAAUGCAACUCUGAGAAACGCGAGUCAACUCACGUGCUCGCAUCUGUAUCUGUAAUCGUCUGGGCGAUCUGUAUAUGCUAAAUCUGCAUUUAAAACGGGCUGUGAGAGAAAGAAUCGACGAGACAUAUAUAUUUUUCUACAGAUCGGCGAGGUCCGAUGAUCGACCAUCGUUCGAUCAUCGUGUCGGUCGCGACGCAGGUAACGCAAUGUAUUCUUAAUGAUGGUAUUUUCUAAAACAUAAAUCGCAUUACAUACGAAUAUAUUUUCUAUUUCUAUUAUAUCUUAUAUAUAUGUAAUAAUUCCUCUAUUUUUAUUUCAGUUGCUUUUUCAAUGCAUUUCUUUUCGACGCUUAAGGCAAAAUGGUUUACUGUUGGAGAGUUACUCAUUUUGGCUGAGGAUACUGUCAUUAACGAUAUAUUAUAUCGCACAAUUGCGAAAUGAAAAAUCGAUAUUGCCUGAUACAUUCCAGCUUCGUCCCAGUCACUGGAAAGUUCUUCUAUGUUAUCGUAAAACGCGUCGAGCAUUAAUCGACUCUUCGACUGUCGACGGAUUAUUAUAAUCACUUACAGUUUAGAGUUACCUAGGGCAAGUGCCUACGUUUCCGAAACACUAUCACGUGCCUCGAUUUCUUCGUCGUGCGUCGAAACUUCUCGGUAGCAUCACAUUCUCAGUGUAACACACGAUAGUCAUGCACAUGUACGUGUUAAAUCAACGUGAAUCGCUCGAGAUUAUUAGUCGCGACCGAUUCGUGAGCAUCGUUACAUUUUUUAUGCAGCUAAUUUUGUACAUAUGCUUUUGCGACUUUGACACGCAUGUUACAUACACGCACAACGAACAGUAGACAUUGUAUAUUUCGGGGAACGACUCGAGUGCACAACUUUUGCAUGAAGAGUGGAGAAAAUAUUUUUGCAAAUUAAUUUGUAUCAUUGGAACAUUUCUUACUUAUUUACUUGAUGUAUAUGCAUUUUUUAAAAUACAGAUUAUCAUCAUCAGGAUCGUAAUCUUCUCUCUGCUGGGCGAACAUUACGGUACAUUGCGAUUUUAAUAUGUGAACACGCGUUUUGUACGUCUUUACAGAAUUCUGCUGUAUGCAACUCGCUGCAUUGUAUAAUUCACUUGAGACGUGAUGAAAAUGCGUGGCUCAGUAUUCGCUAUCGAGGACAACCGAGACAGAAAGACGUCUCUGUAAUUUCUGACUAGCGGCUAACGUGAUAGACGUAGUGAUAAGGAUGUGUCACUUUUCGCAAUAGGUCUUUAUUUGGAGGCUCCGCUCCAUUCGAUAAGAAAGCGAUUUACUUCUUGUUGCAUAUAUUAUCAUAGAUGUAUCUACCAAUAAAACCAUUUGACGUCAAA